ACUCGCUGUUCUCUAACAAGGCUGGGAUAGACACCAGCUCACCAGUAAUGAAAGCAAUGGAUGGAUGGAUAUUUAGUGGUUAGGGACACCUGGGCUGGCAUACACCUAUCUUAAAAAUACAGGAAAUUACAGACACCAUAGUAUGGAAGUACAUGAGUAUUAAUUUAUAUUCUGAGGCUUUUAGAGUGUGGUGAAUCGGCCGCCGAUGACGUUAUCAGGAAGCCCAGGGAGGCUAAUAGAGCACAGAGAGGAGCCGCGGUUCGAUGGAGUAUGGCGCUCUCCAGAGGCUUGAGAUGCUGCCAAAGGGUUUUCUCCUGGAUACCUGUGCUUAUUAUCGCGUCUGUGGUGUUAUGGUCCUACUACGCGUACGUGUUUCAAUUAUGUCUGUUCACCCUGUCCAACACUUUGGAAAAAGCGGCUUAUUUGCUGGUAUUCCAUGUGUGCUUUGGGAUGUUUUCCUGGACCUACUGGAAGUCCAUCUUUACACCUCCCGCGUCCCCAUGCAAGAAGUUUCAGCUGUCUUACUCAGACAAGCAAAGAUACGAGCUGGAGGAGAGGCCGGAUGCACAGAAACAAAUUCUGGUUGAGAUUGCUAAGAAACUUCCCAUCUACACCCGAGCUCAGUCUGGAGCUAUCAGGUUCUGCGACCGCUGCCAGGUGCUGAAGCCUGACCGCUGUCACCACUGCUCGGUCUGUGAAACGUGUGUUUUGAAAAUGGACCACCACUGUCCCUGGGUGAAUAACUGUGUUGGCUUUUCCAACUACAAGUAUUUCCUGCUUUUCCUCUCCUAUUCCAUGCUUUACUGCAUAUUCAUCACAGCCACUGUCUUCCAGUAUUUCAUCAAAUUCUGGGUGGGGGACUUGCCAAACGGGCCUGCAAAGUUCCACGUCCUUUUCCUCAUGUUUGUGGCGCUCAUGUUCUUUGUCAGUCUCAUGUUCCUCUUUGGUUACCACUGUUGGUUGGUGGCCAAAAACAGAUCCACUUUAGAGGCCUUCUCUGCACCAGUUUUUGUCAACGGACCGGACCGGCACGGCUUUAACGUUGGCAUACGCAAAAAUCUGCAGCAAGUGUUCGGAAAAGACAGAAGACUAUGGUUCAUCCCUGUUUUCACCAGCCAAGGGAACGGCCACUACUUCCCCUUGAAGAAUCGAGGAGAGUGUCAGAACCCCUUAUUAGCCAAUGGGGAGAUGUGGGAGGAGUCGGAUGACGCCUCAGAAGAAGGAAGCUGGGUUGAGGAUCAAGACCCCCCGGUUACCAUAGAGAUGGAGGCAUAGAACUUUUAUGUGAGAACUGACACAAGUGCACAUCUUGGAGAGGAAAAGCACCCCACGGGUGGAUGUUGUCCAACAACUCAGACAUGGACCAAACCUACGGAUGACAUUUGGAUGGUCUUCCCCUCUCAUAAAGAAAAAGGGCGGUGGACAGCCAGCUGCGUCCUGUCAUUGCACAAUGGUGAACUGCAGUAUCAUGUGAUCCUUGGAACGUGUGUACAUAUGCUUUGGAGGCGAGCGUCGCUCCAGUGUAUCGUGUAUUGCACCCGUCUAACGUUACCUCACGCUCACUUGGCUUCUGGAGGCUGCUUCAUUUGACUGGAAGCUAAGUCUUGUUGUUGUAUUUAUUUCCUCUCAGCUAACCUGACCUAACCUGCGCCUUACACAUAUUUACAUAUGUUGCCCUUUGUUUUGGGAGCCCAUUUUUGGAAUGUCUGCGUCCAGCACCCUGCUUCCUACCAGACUGUGUUGUUUAUUUUAUAGAGACACAACUCUCCAUCAUAUGCUUUCGGAGCUUUACCAUUCAUCAUUGUUUAAGGCUGGUAAGGGGGCAGAAAUUGGAAUCAUUUUCAAAAAUGACGCACAUAGAGAAUCAUCCUAAAUACAUUUAUGGGUCAGUCUUCUGAAAGGGGCGCCAAAAGCGUGACAUAGGAAGCCAAAUUGAACGUUAUUUUCUCUCCAAUUUGCAUAUUAACAUAAAGUACUGUAUGACUUUAAUAUAUAUCGCUGUAUCAUCUCGCUGUAUCAUCUAUCGUCGCUCUAGAAAUGCUUUAAAAUGGUCACAAACAGGCUCCAAAAUGGAGGCACAUCUUGCACACAACACGGAGCUAGUGGACGGGCCCCGAAUCAGACUCCGUGCGAGACAACGCUGCGUUCUUUCAAACAUUGUGAGUUAGCACUGCAGCCACACUUCCACGGAAGCUUGGUACACAGUUUGGACGCAGCAGAAUGUUUGCUGCACGAUGACGUGUUAUAGUUCAGAAGUCGCAUCAGCUGAAGCGCAAGUUCCACCAUUUUGUAUUAUUUCUUUCAUCGUCUUUGUGACACACUGUUACAUGUCGCAGAAUGGCGACGCACGAACGGGUCAGGUCAGGUUUCAUACAUAACAGACCUGACCAAAACAUUCAGCACUGUUUUUCCCUGUUUAGUCAACGUGUUUGUAGUAUACUUUCAUUUGGUUAGAGUUGCAAAUCACUGCAGUCCCUCUUUAUAUACUCAAAUAGUAGCAAUCCCUUUAUUAGCCACCCCCAAGUUAAAGGUGAUGCGACCACGUGCAGUGGUUCCUCGGUUUUUGUUAUUCAUUUGUUCUAAAGGGUCCGUCUAAAACGGAGUCAUUUGAAAACUAAAACAAUUUUUUCAAUUUUUUUUUAUUUUUUAAAACUAUGUAAAUCCAAUCAAACCGUUCCAGAAACCCCAAAACAUUAAUACAAAACACAUGAAUAUAGAGCAUAAUCAUAGAUUCACAUGCAAAAUGCAUAUAAAUCACUAUAUGAUCACUACUACCUUUUAUUGAAGACUUGUUGGCGAGGAUCGGUGAUGACGAGCAGCGAGGGAAGAGUGGGAGCAAAACUGACAGCACCUUCAUAGUUUGCUACAAGUCAUUUGUUGACUUCAAGAGUGUUUCUCGCCUUCUGUAUCAAAGUGCUGGCACUUGGAAUGUUGUUUUCCUCCCAUGGUGGGUUAUUUUGCAGCCGUACUCAUUAAAAAUAAGCAGAAACUUGUGGUGUAACUACACAGUCAACCGCUGAAGGGUGACGGAGCUGGCAGAGAAUGAUUCCUGGUGGGAGUUUAGCAAUAAAGACACGGUACAAAUACAGUCGGGACUCAUGCGAUGAAUUAAUAACACGACGAGGCUGAGUCGCCGGUGUGUUUUUUUGGGCACAUAUCCUCCCAUUUCAUGUGGAAGUGGUAAGUUUUUGGCUUCCUACUUUGUCCUCCUUCCCCAAUCCAUUUGUGUUUCUUAAGUUUAGAACAAAUAAAUUGGAGGUUAAUUACUUAGCUUGGUAGCUUGCUAUAUGCACUACUAUGCAUUACUGUUGAGCAAUGUGUUGUAAACAAAGAAUAAUAGUGUAAAUAUGACUAUGGGGUGUUAUUUCAUGUCUAUAGGGUUCUAAUAACGGUACAAAUUGUAUUUAGAAAGUCAAACAGGUUUUUGAUGCUCUUAACUGUGAAAAUAUUCAAUUUCUUAAUAUUGAAUCCUAUUUUGCGGAUUCUACUUUUCGCAGUCAGGUCUGGAACCAGUUAACCGUGAUAAACGAGGGACCACUGUAGUUCGUCCAUAUCUUAAUACCGCGAGAUUCAUCGUGCCAAAGGGUAAAUGACAACAGUUAUGUUGCGAUAUUGUACGACAGCCGAGACAAGUGUACAAGAACGGAGGCAAACAUUUGGCAGAAAUUUGUCAUAAAAAAAAAUUGGGUCAUUUGAAAAUCGAGGUUCCACUGUAGUUGCAAGUACUUUAAAUAUCGCAACGUUUCCACCAAGCACUACUAUGCAUGUGUAGCUGAUGGCAGAUCAGCCUAGCUUAGCUGCAUAAAUGUACCUCGACAAGAAAGACGUUACUUUCCCAAAGAAGCACGGCAAGCUGUAGGUCUUGAUUUUUUAUUUAUUUAUUUUUAUUAUUUUUAUUUAGACAAACAAACCCUUGAGAACAGUGUUGGAAAAAAAAAAUCACUGACUGUAAUUAAUAAAACACAGAGCAAGGAAAAUACACAUCAGCAAGGUCUUAUAGGUGUGCAGCAAGUGCAAACUUAAACUUAACUUCACCAGAGCGUACGCCAUUGUCAUCCAGACACAUGUCAGUCCUAAAAGUGACAAGAGGAGCUUCCGACUGUACUGCAUUAUUGAUAGUGACCAAGAGUAAAAGGACACACCAAUAGACACCGCUGGUAUACAUUCCAUUCCCAUUGUUACAUAGACCGACUGAUGGACAUCACUGUGGCAAGCUCCACUUUUACAAAUAAAGGCCUCCUCUCAAAGAGACUCCUCCUGAGUCUGCCGUGCUCUGCGGUCAAGUAAAUAAACGCCUCUGGACACUAAUUUGAGGAAAUGUGGUGUAAUGUAGAUCCUGUCUUGUGUCAUUUACUGAUUUUUAAGAACAUUCAAAAGAAAAGGUCAGAACCAGCGUUGCAGUGAUAUUUUUGUGUGCGUCCAUGAGAAGUGAACUGCUUAUUUAUUAGCACGCGUUUCAAAUGAGAGCACAGACCAAACCAAAAAUGUGACGUUUGUGUUUUUGUAUCCACGUUUUUACAUUUUUAAUGCCAACGUGUUGUGACGACUUAAUUGAGACAAAUGGAUUUCUUACACAAUUUAUUGACAGUUGGGGCGGGGGGGCUGUAUACAACCAGGUUUGACACUUUUGACCUCAUCAUUGUUUUCCUAACUUGCUGGAGCGUAUCAAACACUCAUGUCAUUUCUAAUGAUCUAUGUCGUCUGCGUCUAAGGUAUGGCUGGAUUGUGCAUGGAGAAACAUGACGACUUUCAUGUUUAUUUAUUGCUAAAAUGUACAGCUGUACAGACUGAACUGCUGCAGGUGGUAUCUGUAUGUUUUGCUCCAUGUGAAGGUGAUAUGUGACACACAAUGUAUGCAUCACGAACCUGGGCUUCUAACAUGAGACAAUAAACACAACAAGCGAGUGGAGCACAAGGCUGGCUUGCGGUCAGGGUGAAAACCGUCUUUGGCGUACUGUAUGUGAUUGUGGCGUUUCCCUUUGUCAGUAAAUACUUUCCAUUUGGUGUUCUGUCUGAUAACAAAUAUAAAUCCUCACUUGUAACACGCAAAAUAAAACAAUCUUGAUAUGG